AACGCGAAUUACGUUGAUUGAAGAUGGCGUUAUUCCUGUAUGGUAACAUGUUAGUUGUGGAACACAUAUGAUAUGACGUAAUUCUCGAUUGGUGAUAAGUUUAAUAAUUUUUAUAUAUUAAUUAAAUAGUUAAAUAUUUAUAAUUUAUUUAUAAUUAUAUAUAUUUUUAAAAUUCUCAAUUGAUUUCCUUUAAUUAUGUUAUAUUUUUUCUGUAAUCGAUAUUAUUUUUAAAAUUGUACGUCAAAUCAUAGUUUAUUUUAUGAACGUUUCUUUUCUGAUUGGUGAAAUAUCGGUCAGUAGGUAGUGCAUUGGAUAUUUUCAAAUGAUAAACCGCCUUUCUUGUAACCUACAAAACUGUUAGAUUUUGAACAGAAAUUUAGGUUAUUCAUUGUAUUUUGUGUUAGAUCUUUAAAAAUUAUGACAGAAACUCAGCAAAAAACAAAAUGUAUUACGUUGAAAGGUUCAGCAGAGUUGGUUAAAGAAUAUCUUCUUUAUGGAGUAAACAGUAUUUUAUAUCAAAGAGGUAUUUAUCCACCAGAAACGUUUGAACAUGCUGAACAUUUUGGUUUAUUCGUUUUAAUGUCGACGGAUGAAAAGAUCAAAGGAUUUUUAAAUACUGUUCUUGGUCAGAUUCAAGAAUGGCUUAUUCAACGAAAAGUACAAAAGAUAACACUUGUUAUAACAAAUGUAAAUACCAAAGAAGUUUUAGAGAAAUGGGAUUUCAAAGUGGAUUACGAAGGUCAGACUUCUAAUAGCACUUCUAAUGACAAUACGAACAAUAGCUUUCCGGAAGUGGGUACAAAGGAUGUAAAAACUAUACAAAAGGAGAUUCGUGAAGUCAUACGUCAAAUCACAGGUACUGUAAGUUUUCUUCCAUUAUUAGAUUGUUUAUGCUCAUUUGAUAUUUUGACUUAUACCGUACCUGACUGUGGUAUUCCUAAAGAAUGGGACGAAACACAACCAGUAUUUAUUGCGAACAGUCAAGAAGUACAGUUAAGAUCAUUUUCAACUUCUCUCCAUAAGAUGGAUACCAUAGUUAGCUAUAAGAAUGUUUAGGUAUUAUAUAUUUUUUCUUGAUAAUUGAAAUGUACAUAUAAACAUAUGUUCAUUUUAUCUUUUUAGCUAUAACUAAUAUUAAGACUGUUAUUUAAAUUUCUUAUUUUAUACAAAUAAUUAUAACUUAUAAGCAAUCAUGUUCUUCUUAAGGAUUUGAAUAUUUGUUCGAACAUGCAUAUGUAUGAAUAUUAUCUAUGAAGAGUUUUUUAUAUGAAUAUAUAUUUUGAUAUAAUUGUGAUAA